AUGUUCCUGUUUCCAUCUUUCCUUCUCCUGGGCUUGGUAACAGCAUCUUAUGCAGAGCCUGUAACUGAAGGUGCUCAAAGUACCUGCCCUGUGAUUGCCUGCAGUUCUCCAGGCCUGAAUGGCUUCCCAGGCAAAGAUGGGCGAGAUGGGGCCAAGGGAGAGAAGGGAGAACCAGGUCAAGGGCUCAGAGGCUUGCAGGGCCCUCCUGGAAAGGUAGGACCUGCAGGAUCCCCAGGGAUUCCUGGGCUCAAAGGAGGGCCCAAAGGAGCAACGGGGCCCAAAGGAGACCGUGGAGAGCGUGGAGAAUUUGAUUCUAGAAAAAUUGCUGCAGAAAUCGCAGCCCUGCAGUCAGAGCUGAGAGGUUUUAAGAAGUGGGUGUUCUUCUCUACAAGUGAACAAGUUGGAAAUAAGUACUUUAUGAGUACUGGUAAAAAGUUGAGCUUUUACAGAGCCAAGGCUGUGUGCUCCCAAUUCCAGGCCUCUGUGGCCACUCCCCGGAAUGCUGAGGAAAACAAGGCCGUUCAGAAGGUGGCUAGAGACAUUGCCUACCUGGGCCUAACAGAUGAGAGGACUGAAAACCGAUUUUUGGAUUUGACGGGAAGGAGUGUGCAGUACACUAACUGGAAUGGGGGUGAGCCCAACAACGCUGACAAUGGGGAAGACUGUGUGGUGCUCUUGACAAAUGGCAAGUGGAAUGAUGUCCCUUGCUCAGACUCCUUUUUGGUGGUUUGUGAAUUCUCUGACUGAGAGU